AUAUCCCAGGAAAAUUAUUUGGAGGCCUUUGUUGAAUUUGAUAUGGAGGAUCAAUGGUUUGUCCAGGGUUCUUUAAAUAUGAAUAGAGCAGUUCACGGAGACGUUGUAGUUGCUCAACUUUUGCCAGAAUCUGAGUGGACCGCCCCAGAGAAAACUAUUCGAUUAAGAGACGCUGAGGAAACCCAAAAUGAGGGGGAUAAUUUACCUGAUGCUGAUGGGGAAGAGGAAGAUGAUCAAGAAGAGGAUUUGGAAGAUAGUGAAGCACCAGAAAUGAAAGGCAAAAAAGGUUUUACCCUCAGCACGUAUUGUAGGCAUUUUACGAUGAAAUUGGCGUCAUUAUUGUUAAAUUAUUUUGCUUCCAAAUAUGCCUGGUGCUCGUCAAUUUUUAUUUGCUCCUUCUGA